UUUAUAAAGGCGAAAUCCUGGUACUCACAUUUCCCUUAGAAAAGGAUUUUAGGCCCAGGAUAAAACCAACGGAAGAAAGCGUAGCAAACCUUCGUCUUACACUGUCCGGGUUUGGUUUUGCAAUAAAACCUCCAGCAAUGCAAGCGGAGAAAAUGGAGAAUUUGGCGUCUGAAGAACAGCCUCCUGCUCAAAAAGAGCCUUCUGUAAAAAAGAGAAAGCCAAAGAAAAGGAAUCUGCAGCACUCUGCUGACAUAGUGUUCACACGAGGGAAUUCUGUCCAAACGAUGCCCUCUCUGAGCAAGUUGUUAAGGGGGGUCACAGGGAUCCUUGGCCUUAAUUUUGUUUGGGAAUACCGCAGUCCCAGCAAGUCGGUCCAACCGCACUACCAGUGCAAACUCUGUUUCUUGUCCUGUUUGCAGCAUGAUAUUAUCGAUCAUGUCAAAGGCUGGAAGCAUUGCUACAAAUAUAUGAAAAAGAACCACGCUGACAAGAUUACGUUUGAAGAAGAAGCUGUUGUUAAAGACCCGUCACUUAAAGCUUCACUCAGAGCUACUGCUGUUGAGGUGGACACGGCAGAGGAGAGGGGGCAAAUUAAAGUGAUUCUAAAGGAGCCGUGUGAUGUUCUGGCUUUCAAAGGAUUCCGUUCAGCUGCUCCUAAACCUGUGCCCCCACCAGUAAUCAGACCAAUCGCACCGCUUCUUGGUCCCAGGUUCCAGGACUCAAGACUUCCCCCUCUUGGCGGUCCAUUCGCUGACUAUCCAGGAGAAUAUAAAAGGCCUGGUUUUGGAGAUUAUGCAUCCAGAGGUCAUUUCCCUGAAUCCAGUAGGAAUCGAGGACCCUUCACAGAUGAUAUGGGUCAGUUUCCACCCGGGGGUGGAAAUGGGUUUGGCCCGGAUGGUGGAAGAGCUGGUGCCCAGGCGGGGGUCACUUUUAAGGAUGGACCAAUGGACAGGGGAGGUGCCAUAGAGCACAGCAGUCUUCCUAACACUCUACUCGCAUACCUGGAUACUUUCCAGAUCGAGAGCGAGAGUGAUGCACAGCUGGUGCUGAAGGUGACACAGAAACUGACCGAUGUACUGAUGGAGUACCGACUGAGAACCGUGUCAUCGGGUUCAGAUCUUAACAGCGUGUCAACAGGCGACGAUGGCCAAUACUCGACCAGUCUCUCAGGUCCAUCCAGGUAUUCUGAUGGUCCAGCCAGGUAUAAAUGAUGACCCAGGCAUGACGCACAACGUUGGUGGCUGUCCCGAAGUUUGGGGGGGGGGGGGGGGGGGGGGGGGUCUCUUUAGUUCUGUUGUUUUAACUUGAACAUUUGGAAAUACGCAAAAUGACUAGUUUGCUUUGGUUAAACUUUUACUUUUUUAUACAUUAAUAAAAAAUUCCCUGUUCAGUGAUGCAAUGUACUCAGUACCUGUAAUAAAUGCGUGUUGGUUUAGCCCUGUGGGCGGCAGUGCUUCUACGUACCUGAAUAUUAAAUUACUUUAAACACA